AUGCCGCGCCUCGUCCGACGUCGCCCGCUCUCCGAGCGCAUUAUCUCCUACCUUAAUCCGUACGACUUCUUACUUUGGCUUUCCGAAGAGUUUGAGGGUGGCGACUGGGAGCAGCUGGAGAAGAAAUGGGCGCUGCCUAUUGGUAUUGCGUUGAAUCUGAUUUUCCUUGUUGCGCGAGCGAACAGUCGGUCAAGUGGCAGCAAGGCGUUCGAUGAUGUCUUUGGCGACGAUGACAGCACAUCCUUGCGAGGUUGGCUUGCCUCAUUCGUCGUCCAUUUCUUAGGCCUCGCCUCCGCAGCGAAUGCUUUCUAUACGUUCCACAAGAAGCGACACUAUCGCCUGUUCGAGAAUUCCAUCGACACAACCCCGGCAACACCUUCAGCCCAUCGUGUGCGCGUUGAUUCAAGCCCCAUGAUGCCCUCUCCCCUGCGCUACAUUGCCAAGGCCUUGUCAACAGAAUCCGCUACCUCAAGAGCACACCCUGAUGCCCAGCGUGAUGUUUGGGAGCUUGCAAUUUGGGACCCUUCGCCCCUUUGUCUCCGGCUAUUCUACUUGUUCAGCCCUGGGCACGUUGUGGUUUACUGGCUCUUCCUGCCAACACAGCUCUCCGAUCCCCGCCCAAGUGUGACGAUUGUAACCGCAAUGGUGCUGACAGCACUGUUGUCAGUUCAGAUGUCCUUUAUUUCUUCCGCCUACAUACAACAGGCUAAGGAUCAGAAGGUUGUUCACAAAGAAGUGUUCAAAGAAUAUGACACCAAAUACGUCCAGCCUCGAACACACCCCUUGAUGCGAGACGUGGGCACCCAAUUCUCCGAUCCGUAUAGUCAGCAUCCAAAGUCAGAAAACGAUCUCAACAGGGUCGACACAUAUAGCCCAGCGAUACUUAUCAAUCGUGGGUUCAAGACCAGCCCCAAUCCAAAUUACUUGAAGCACGUUGACCCCGAAGGGCACACACCUGUGCGCCAGCCAACUGCAUCAACCCCUGGAGUUUCGUCUAUAUUCCAAGGUCGGCCAAUGCAGACCCCGAAUGUAAGCGGCGAAGGUUCGCCGCUAGUCAGAAACAACAACCGCACCAGCAUGCGGCAACCCCAAUUCCGAUCAACAGCCACAACGUCCACGGGCGAUGGUGGCAGCCUCGGCGUCUUUACUCACGCAAACUCCCCGUUGCGAAAAUCAGCGACAACAUCAUCCUUUGACCGACGUGUGCAACAGAAUGGUGACUUCAUCUACAAGGAGCGAGGUACGACCCCGAUGCAGCGGACCUCAAGCCCUUUGAAACGAAGUAUUGUGCCUGGGUCCGCGAACGCACUUGGCUCAGGCUCGGCCAGCCUUCAUAGAUCAGAUAGCUCCUACACGCGCCGAGAAACCGGACGAUUUUAG